AUGGCGUGCUUCUUCAUCACCUUUUCGGGUUGGUGGGCGUGGAACGGCUUCCUCUCAUCCAUCUACGCCCGUUCCCCGUCGCCAUACUCCGUGCGGGACGGAUUUUCGAAAACGUUCGGUGCGGAUUGGGCAUGGUGGCUGACGCUCAUUGUCAUGACCACUAUUUUCAUUCUCAUGGAAACGAUCUUCCGCACCUUGCAGAGAUCCAUGAUACUGACCGGGCUAUGGAGGUGGCCCUGGGUUCGAAAGGAGGAUGACGUCUGUGCUGAUGAGUGGCGGUUGGAGUUGUGGCAGGAGCUGGAGAAGGACCCUACCGUGAAAACAAGGUUGAAGAAGUUGGCGAGAGAUGAGGAGGAGGACAACGAUGACGUGGUCAAAGAGGUCUGCGAAGAUGAGGUGGAUGGUGGCGUUGUCCGAUUGGAGAGGGCGGUUUAA